GAAUUCCUUAGGAGAUGCUCCGCGUUUCUCGACUUGUUUCAUUCAUCAAAAGGGUUAUUAAAACCCAGGAAAAGGUGACCCAUAAAUUUGUCUGUAGUGUGAGAUGGGCUAAUGGUGCAGAAAUUAAUUAUAUUUGUGGAUAUGCGCAUCUUAGAGGAGGAGCUUUUCCUCUCGUGAUGCCAAACCAUCACAAGGCAAUCCAGCGAGAUGCUCACGAUGUCUCGCAUAGCCGGUACACCGGUCUCGGUUUCAUGCGACCUACUUUAGAUGUGCAAUCACGAUCCUAUUAUUCAUGA